AAUCUCAAAAAUAUUUUAGGCUAAAUUCUACAGUCAAACGCUAUAGAAAACUAUUUCCAGGUUAUUUUUAUUUCUUCUUAUUUCAAAAAUGUUUCUUAGCAUUUCAUGCCUUCCUCAUUUGAAAGUUCCUGCUGUUGUUUCAGCUCUAUCAAGACCAUCAUUUAUUCCUCUUUAUUCCUUGGCACUGAAAAGCCUGUCGCAACAGAGGUUGUACAGCUCCAAAAUUGAUAAUGCAGCACUACAGAUUGAGAAGAUACGCAACAUCGGCAUUUCUGCUCAUAUUGACUCAGGGAAAACUACCCUUACUGAGAGGAUACUGUACUACACUGGACGAAUUGAGCAGAUGCAUGAGGUACGAGGGAAAGAUGGUGUUGGUGCAGUGAUGGACAGCAUGGAGCUGGAGAGGCAGCGAGGCAUUACCAUUCAGAGUGCUGCCACCUACACCAUGUGGAAAGAUAUUAACAUCAACAUCAUUGAUACCCCAGGUCACGUUGACUUCACUGUAGAGGUGGAGCGAGCGCUGCGUGUGUUGGACGGAGCAGUGCUGGUGCUCUGCUCGGUGGGCGGCGUGCAGUCACAAACACUUACUGUCAACAGGCAAAUGAAGAGGUACAACGUGCCGGUGCUGGCGUUCAUCAACAAGCUGGACAGGCAGGGCGCUGACCCCAUCCGUGUCUUCCGGCAGAUCAGGUCGAAGCUGGGCCACAACGCGGCGUUCAUGCAGAUACCCAUCGGGCUAGAGGGGGACUGCGAGGGCGUCGUGGAUGUGCUGACGGGGAAAGCCCUCUACUUCGAGGGCACGAAUGGCGAGAAGGUUCGUGAGGGCGAAGUACCGGAGCACCUACAGGAGCUGCUGCAGCAGCGCAGGCACGAGCUCAUCGAGGCGGUGUCCAACGCAGACGAGGAGAUCGGCGAGAUGUUCCUUGAGGAGAAGACGCCCACUGUAGAGCAGCUGAUGGCGGGGAUCAGACGCAGCGUUCUGCAGCGCGCCCUCACGCCCGUCUUCCUGGGCACGGCGCUCAAGAAUAAAGGCGUGCAGCCGCUGCUGGACGCCGUCGUCCAGUACCUCCCACACCCCGGCGAGGUCAUCAACUACGCCCUCAGGAAAACUUCUGACGGCAAGGAAGAGAAAGUAGCAAUGGAUGGAGAGCGCAGCAGUCGUCACCCGUUCGUUGGCUUGGCCUUCAAACUGGAAGCCGGCAAGUUUGGUCAGCUGACAUACAUGCGAGUUUACCAAGGACACGUCAGCAAGGGGGACAGUCUUUACAACGCGCGCACCGGCAAGAAGAUUCGAGUAAACCGCUUGGCUCAGAUGCACAGCAACAACAUGGAGGAAAUCAAAGAGGCUUUUGCCGGGGACAUCGUUGCGCUCUUUGGCGUCGAGUGCGCGUCUGGUGACACAUUUUUGUCCAACAACAAGUCUAACAUCUCCUUGGAGACGAUGUUCAUACCCGACCCCGUCAUCGCGAUGUCCAUUAAGCCUAAAAACAACAAAGACAUGGACAACUUCGCCAAGGCUUGCAACAGGUUCACUCGCGAAGACCCAACCUACCGCAUCACCUGGGAUGAAGACUGCAAAGAAACAAUCGCAUCAGGCAUGGGUGAACUGCACCUCGAAGUCUACGGCCAGCGCAUGGAGCGCGAGUACAACUGUCCAGUCGUCAUGGGUAAACCGAAGGUGGCAUUCCGCGAGACGCUGACCGAGCCCUUCGAGUACGACUAUCUGCACAAGAAACAGACAGGAGGCGCGGGGCAGUAUGCUCGAGUCGUGGGCAUCAUAGAGACGCUCGAGGGGGAAAAGAACACCAAGCUUGAGUUCACUAACGAAACAAUCGGCACUGGAGUUCCUAAUCAGUUCGUGCCUGGAGUUGAGAGAGGUUUCAAGACUUACUGCGAGAAAGGCAUGCUGACUGGCCACCGCGUCUCGGGCAUCAAGUUCCGACUCAUAGACGGCGCCUCGCACUGUGUCGACUCCAGCGAGUUUGCCUUCUUCCAAGCCACCAUGGGAGCCAUGAGACAAGCUUGCGAAGAGGGCAAGUGGAAGAUUUUGGAGCCUAUCAUGAAGGUGGAGGUAACUGGCCCGUCGGAGUCGCAAGGAGCAAUUUUGGCGCACCUCAACAGGCGAAAAGCCAUCAUCAAGGGCACAGAUUCUAGCGAGGGAUGGUUCACCAUUGAAGCUGAGGUUCCGCUGAACGAGAUGUUCGGGUACUCGACGGCUCUGCGGUCGGUGACGCAGGGCAAGGGCGAGUACAGCAUGGAGUUCUCCCGCUACGCUCCUGCUCCCACGGAGACCUUGCAGCAGCUCAUGGAGCAGCACGAAGCCGAGCAGGCGGCUGCUACAGGGGUCACCGUCAACAAGAAGAAAACUUCCAAGAGAUAAUCACUCCCAGCUAUUAGUAAUGAUUAUUGUAUAUUUAAUAACUGAAUGACGGUCCGAUAGGAAAAAAAAUAUAUAAAAUCAAUUAAGUCCAGUUAA